GCAGCAGCAGGCAUAUUGGUUCCCCCAGGGGCAUCCAGUUUAUUACCCCGGAGGGGGUGGGCAGCCGAGUACUCCUGCAGGGGGUGUGACAUCUACGGGCUUGCCAUCAGACGGAGGUAUUCUCGGAUCUGUUCCCCAUCCUGUUGUCUGUCAAAUUUGUUUUUCUGCAGGUCAUUCUGCCAUUAACUGUCCUUCUCGUUUCACACAACCGACGUCUCCUGCUCUGUUGACUACUCCCGGUGACACUACUCCUGCUCUAUGGUUUCCUGAUUCAGGAGCUUCUGCUCAUAUGACUGCAUCUGAAGGUAAUUUAGUUAAUAAAUCUCCCUACACCGGCUAUAAUUCUGUUAGUGUUGCCAAUGGUGCCCAUCUUCCCAUAUGUAAUAUUGGUGAUGUUGCUUUACCUACAUCUGGUCGUCCUCUCACUUUAAAAUCCGUUUAUCAUGUGCCUCAGUUAAAAUAUAAUUUAAUUUCCAUUAAAAGGCUCUGUGCUGAUAAUAAUUGUACUGUAAUUUUUGAUAAAAAUUCUUUCUUGGUUAAGGACAAAGCAACA